UUCAAGUACAGGACAACACUCGGCUUAUCUCCGCAAAGACUUUAGCAUGUCUAGCUUAAUGCGUACAUGGAAAUUAUUGUGGACAAUAACACUGGGUGCUGGCAGACUGUAGGUGAAAUGUAACUAAAUGUACAUUAUGCUAAUUGUGAUUUUUUGACUGGAGUUUUCAUUGGGUUGAGGAAACUAGAAUCUUUGAUUGCAUUAAUAUCGGAGAGGUAGAGAGUGGAGAGUAAUUGACUGUGAAUAAGAAAUGCUGUAGUGCGUCACUACCUUAGACAACAAGGCUCUUAAGACCACAAGGCUACGGACACACAGUUCCUAAGACAUGGAUCCUGAACCCGAUGAAGCUGCAGACCUUGGAGCCGGAGGUGAUAACAUGUUCAGUCUUUCAACAACGUCAUCAUCAUACCCUGCUGCGUCUUCAAAACCCUCCCAAGAUGACAAUGACAUUGUGAUUGACGAAGAAGACUCAUUUGAAAAGGUCAACAUCAACAACUCAAACACAGCUUCAGAUGUUACUGGUGGAUUUAUCUUGGAUGACCAGGCUGAAGAAAGUAAUCUAGUAGACAUGGAAAUGGCAGAUAAAGAACCAACAAGCGACCCCUAUGAAGAGAAACCUGUGGAAGAUUUAAGUCACAUCGCGGCAGAGAAUCUUGAAGAUUCAUCUGAGGUGCCUUCCCUGAAUGAUUUAGGGGAGGAUGAGAUGGUCAUGGCUGGGUAUACAGAUGUAGGAGGGACUGAGGAUGCUGAAAAGGACGGUGUUGAAGAAAUGGAUGGGUUUGAAUACACGGAAGUAGGAGAGGCUGAAGAAGCAGAAACGGGUGGGGCUGAAUAUGCAGAAAUAGGCGGGGAUGAGUAUACAGAAACGGGCGUGGCUGAAUAUACAGAAAUGGAAGAAGAUGAGGAUAUUGAAACUUUUAAACCUGAAUCUACUGAGUUGGGAGAAGCUGAGGAUGCUGAAAUGGGUGUGGCUAAUGAUGCACAGCUUGAAGAUGCUAAGGAUGUAGAAGAGUUGGGUGAAACGUCUCAAGAUGGAGCCAAAGAUGAAAGCUUCUUAGAAGGUUAUGAGGAGGAGCAGAAUGUCACUGAAGGAAAGGAUGCAAAUGCGGAAAGCAAAAAUGAAGCAGAACAAGAUCCAACUGUAGAGCAGGAUGAAGCAAAGGAGCCUUCAGCUCAAGAAGAUCCAACAGAUGACAGUCCACAGAACCUGAAGAAACUUCAGAGAGUCUCUUUAUACAAGAAAGGUUUGAAGCUCCGAGAGGAAGACGACAAGGUAGAUGAGGCUCUUCAGAGCUUCCUUGCAGCUAUAACGGGUCUUACAGAGAGUGAAGCAUUCACAGAUCUUCCACUAUGUCUUCAUGAGAUUUCCAAUAUCUACUUUGAGAAGAAUGAAUAUGAGAAAGCCGUUCACUUUAUACAAGCGGAGAAGAUGUACUACGAGACAGCUCUCAUUGACAUCGUCAACCUGCAGAAGGAACUUGAAAUCAAACGAGAGGAGAAAGGAGAUGAGGGAUCAGAAGAUGUUGAGAGAUUGAAGACAGAAGGACCUGACUCACCAGAAGUCAUUAAAGCUAAGGAGUAUGAAGACUUAGCCAAACUGUGCCUCAAAGAAUCCAAACCACAACUAGCCCUUGAGUACUGUGGCAAGGCAACCAAAGCAUACAGAGAAUUGUACGGUGAUGAUCAUCCCAUCACUGUAGGCUCAUUGGAUCUUUUCACCAUGAUCUACGCAGAUGUGGGCAAGAAGCUGUAUACAGAUGCAAUGGAAAAGUUUGGUGUGGAAGAAAAAGAUCUCAAAGCGAAAGCAGCUGAUAAAUCUGAAGUGGAAGGCAGCGCUGAGGUAUUAGCGGCUGGAGAAGAGACUACUAAUGAACUCAGACAAAGACAUAAACCAGAAACACAGCAACCUGCAAGCGCCUCAUCAGCUGAAGCAGUUAAUCCAACAGAACAAUCUGCAGAGACUGAGUUUGAACCAGCACCACCUCCCCAAGAGCAAGAUGACUGGGUCACAACUUGUCUCCUUAUGUUGCUCUUCUUCCUCAUCACGGUUCUUGUCAUCCUCGUCAUGUCUUACUUCUACUGCAAGGAUAAUGAACGUUCCUCACUCUGUCAUGAUCUCAAAGGGGACCUCAGCUACUGGUAUAUGAAGAUUAAACAUUACUACCUGGGUUCUGGAAGACGCUGAUCAACAUAAUCAAAGUGUCAUUCUUUAACCAUUUAGAGACCAUAGCUGCAAGCAACUUUACUUAAAGGUAGUGGACACGAUUGGUAAUUACUCAAAACAAUUAUUAGCAUAAACUUUACUUGGUAACGAGUAAUA